AUGAGUGUCCCUACCACCAUUGGUAUCGCGGACUAUGCUAUCUUUGGAGGUGUGCUGGUUGUUUCUGUUGGAAUUGGUAUCUACUAUGGGUGUACAGGUAACAAGCAAAACACAACUAAAGAAUAUCUCCUGGCCAACCGGAGCAUGCAUUUCUUUCCUGUGUCUGUAUCAUUGAUGGCAAGUUUUAUAUCGGCCAUAACGAUUCUCGGCAUGCCAUCUGAGGUGUUUACUUAUGGACUGAUGUAUGUUACGACAAUAUUUAUGUAUUUGAUUAUUAUUCCUGUUGGAGCUCAUCUAUAUUUACCGAUAUUCUAUCGACUGGAAUUAACCAGCAUAUAUGAGUAUUUGGAACUACGUUUCAACAAACCAGCAAGAAUAAUUGGUACAUCCUUCUAUAUUUUAUAUAAGAGCUUGUAUUUAUCCAUUGCGGUGUAUGCCCCUUCACUUGCAUUGAGUGCAGUUUCUGGUAUCAAUGUUUGGAUAUCAGUAGUCACAAUAGGAACUGUAUGUACAAUGUAUACAACAUUGGGUGGUAUGAAAGCUGUGAUUUGGACAGAUGUAAUUCAAAGCUUGGCAAUGUUUACUGGUGUCAUCGCUGUUAUUAUCCAAGGUUGUAUUGAUCUAGGUGGUAUUUCUAAUGUUUGGCAAAUUGCAGAUGACGGUGACAGAAUUUACUUCACAGAUUGGCGAUUGGAUCCUACCGUGCGACACACAGGAUACUCAAUACUGAUCGGAUACACUUUAGGAGUUAUACCAACCCUUGGUAUAAGUCAAGCAACUGCACAGAGAUUUCUAACAUGUUCAAGCGUGCGAGAAGGACAGAAGGCGAUGUAUACAAGUAUCCCUAUGCUCAUGCUGAUUGUCAUCCUUUCCUGUCUUGCUGGCGUUGUUAUGUAUGCUACAUAUGCAGAUUGUGACCCCCUUGCAGCAGGCUAUGUCACUCAGGGUGACCAGAGAACUGCAUUUUUCAUAAUGGAUACAUUUGCCCACUUACCUGGACUUGCCGGCGUGUUCAUUGCUGCGGUAUUCAGUGGAGCUUUGAGUACAUUAUCUUCUGGACUAAAUUCACUGGCUGCUGUUACUCUCGAAGAUUUCCUCAAACAUUUUCACUACUUCUCCCAAUUAUCCGAUUACAAAACGACAUUAGUUUUAAAAGUCACAAGUACGUUGUAUGGAUGCCUGGCCAUACUUCUUGUAUUACUUGUAUCUGAAAUGGGACUUAUCUUGCAAUUAGCAUUAUCUAUCGGUAAUCUUGUUCUGGCGCCAGUGUUCGGCAUGUUUACUUUGGGAAUAUUUUUCCCCUGGACCAACAGUAAG